CUCUCCCUCUGUCACUGGGAGGUAUGCUGAUCACUCAAGGAUUACUUGCCAAUGGUAAGUGGCUUUUUUCUUUCUUCAAUGUAAAAACAAACAAACACGUGGACAGUUUUCUAGAACCACCAGUCAAUCACUGCUAAAGCUUGGUAAAUGCUGAGGGAAAAACCCAGAAUAGAUCUUGUGGUGGAAAUCUCAGCCUGGGUGCUGUUUCAACUCUUAGGUCUCAAUAUAUUCAACAGGUGAUGUGAAAUAUAUGGUGGCUCUUCACACAUUGUGUAGAGGCGAGCGCAGACUUGCCACUGGGUACAUUUCUCUGUUGUAUGUAUGUUCAACAAUGGCUUCCUGAUUAAGAGUGCUUUUAUGUAUUUAUCAGUGGCUGCUGGCCAUGAUAGCUGUGCUUUGCCAUCAUGGUCAGGGGCAGUAAUGUUCCAGCAUAACAAUUGCUGGAAACUGCCAAGUGGGAGAGUGUUAUUGUGCUCAGGUCCUGCUUGUGGGUUUCCUAACAAGCAUCUGGUUGGCUGUUGUGAGAACAAGAUGCUGGAGGAGAUGGGCCAUUGGAUUGAUACAGCCGGCUGUUCUUACAUUUAGGUGUUCCCCUAAAAUAUAAUGUGGGUUGUUGGUUGGUUGGUUGGUUGGUUGGUUGGUUGGGGUUUUUUUUUUUCAAGACUUGUGAAAUGUGCUGCCUUGGCUGAGCAUGGUGGCAUGGUUAAUUUAAUGCUAUGGAAAACAGGUUAGGAAGUAAGCUUUCUCACGGGGUAAAAAUAGUCUUCACGUUUUUGUUUUUAUUUUGCUCACAGUCUUCUAGAUAUUAGUUAUUUCAGAUGGGAUUACUUGAGAAUCAAAGUUAUAACUGGAAAUUAUACUGGGAGCACUUGGUAUGUUUCAAGCAGGAAAAAUAAUAAGAAGAAGAAGAAGAAGAAGAAGGCUUCAAUAUCUUUCACGGAAGAACUGCACAACAGUUGUGUCAUCAAAUGACGGUCUAAAAGGCUUUUCCUAAUAACUGCAUUUUAUUCCAGGUGUUCUCAAACCAAGCCCUAAAUUUGGAUCACUCCCUAAAUUGGCAAGUAAGUCCAAAAACUCUUUGUAAAGUUUAAGCAGAAAAGGUGAGAACUGGCCAUUGUAAUUAUGCUGGAAUGCUGCCAUGCUCGCAUGAUAAAUUUGGGCAUGUGUGGAAUCUAGUAUAGCUUCCGGCUUCCCGAGUGUCAAUUUUCAGCAUUUAAAUUAAAGCUGUUUUGUAAACCUCAUGAAUGCAGAGAGAGCUUUGGAAUCAUGUGGUUGUUUCUGAAGGUUCUGUAUUAGGCUGUAACUUUAUACUGAUCACUUUUAUAUAGUAUGUAAUCAUUAAUCACUAUAGUUAGGGUUUUAUCAAAACAAUAGAGCAGGAAGGAUAUUCAAGUCCAAUCCUGCUGCGACUCAGGAACAUCUGCUUAAGUAAACCUGUGCAGACCACACCUUGGAACACAACUGAAAUGUUACUGUGGAGCUAGAGUGUCGCUCCUAGACGCUGUCAACAUGCAACGGCUUCAGCUGGCUGGCUAAACCAGGUAAGGGUAGCCGAUGGGUCUUAAACCCUGGUGAGUUAGGGACUUUCCCCUGCAUGUGAACACAGGCUCCGGUGGAUUGAGAAGCAGACCUUCUGGAGAAGAAAGGGCCAAAGAAAAAAUCCUACACAAUCCAGAGUGGAGUCCUUAAGACGGUUGGAUGGCACCUGUUAUGCCACCUCCUGGCAACUCCUACAGCCAAGCUGGUGGCAAACAUAUUGCUCUGCUUCCUUUGGACCACAUCAGUGAGGCCAAGAGGCAGCCUAGGGCCUCCAUACACACUGCCCGUGCUUGCACCCCAGAGGCUACUUCGGUGCUGGCAAUGCAGUGGUUUGGCUUCACCCGCAGAGGCGCACUCCAUUGUUUCCCGAGGCAGAUGGAUGCCAACAGAGUAGGGAGCCCCAGGCCUGUGGGCUAAAUGCAGGCCUCUGGGACUCUCACCAGCCAUUCCUCUCAUUGGGCCCUGCUCUACACCCUCCUCUUGCUUGGCUGGAGAGUGUCUGGAGGGAGGAUGGGGAGGUGUGGGGUUAUGUAGGUUUGGAAGGAAAUGUCUGAAUUUGUGUGGCUUGUGGAACAAAUCUUAAGAGUCAUACCGAUUGCCUUGCCCACUUGGUUGCCUGUGGACCCAUGUGACCUCUGGAAAGUUGCCUAGGAGAGAAAGUGGCUCAGGUUAAAAAAGAAUCCCCAAUUCUGCUGGAGGGUCACUAUCGCUAGGUGAUUGAAGCAAGCAAGCGAGCAGAGUGAAGUGGAAGCCAGUGCUACUGCAGUGGAAAACAAAUAACAUAUCAUGGACUGGUUGGACACAGAGUAAUGAUGGGGAGGAAGCAGCUGGGGAGCCACCAAGGGAAGAAGGCUCAGAGCCCAGGGAUUGGUGGUGGAACAAUGAGUGUCAAGAGGGAGAAGACUGGGAGGAGGAGGUAUCAGAAGGGGAAGGGGUAAUAGGGCUUAGUGAGCUGGGUGAGUCUGUGGCCAAGAGAAGUCCAGAAUCGGAGGCAGAAGCUGAUGCAGGAGUUUCACAAACUUCCAGUAAACUAGAUCUGUCUGCCAUUUGGUGUCCCCAACUUGGUACCAACCAUCUGGUCUAUGGGUGAACAUAUUGAGAUCCUCCUUUGUAGCGGAACGUGUGCUGCCUGCUGCUGCCUGCAAGGAGCCAUUCACUUUAAUCAUUCACUGAUAUUAAAAGAGUAAUAGAGUAGGCUAUUUUAAACUCACCACCAAACACAAGGGAGCAUCCUCAGUGAAGCGGUAUCUCUUUCUGGGUUUCCUGCUUUCCCAGAUCAGUGUGGAUUAGCAAGGCAGAAUAUCUGGAGAAUACUUUUCAAAGCCUGUACUACUUAUGAAUACCUUUAUAUCUGAUUACUACGUAUGACAACAAUUUGAUCUCUCUCUGCAGUUGCUGGUGCCCUGGGCUAUGGUAUUGGGACAAUGUCAUACAUAAGAACCUGUCAGAAGAAGUUUGAAAGCGCUGGUCUUAAACCGUUUGGUCCCGGAUGGAAAAGGUCUGUUUGGAAUAAAUACAGACAAGUGACUCUUGGGUUGUAUCAAGGAACCUUGUGAUAAGAACACUGUCGAAAAACCACUCUUCUAGGUUACAAGAGCUCUACAAAAAUCUCAAUGAUUUCCCAUUUCCUCUGCACAUCUGAACUGGAGGGGGUGGGGGGCCCUCCAGAACAGCUUUGAAAGUGCACAGUGAGGAAUAUUGCCUGCUCUCUCCCUUCCUAUUAGUGGGAGCAUCCAUUGGAUCAAAGGCCCUUCCUUUCACAGAAUGGAAUAGAACUGCCUAUCUGCACCACGCUAGAAUUGUGACCAUGUCUUAUCAAUUUAUACCAAGCACUUUAUCCUUCUGCACGUAGCUAGAUCAUGUGCAAAUUACUGUGUGGAUAACAGGGCAGCUGACAUUUUUGGUGCAUUGGGACCCAGGGUGGAGGUGGAGGUGUCAGGUGCAAAGCCCCAUGUGAAGAUCUCUUGAUUUGGGAAGAAUCUUGUGUAACGUUGACUCCCCCCCCCCCUUCUCCUAAUGUUUUAGGCACUGUCCUCAUGUCUGCAACGAAUGCAAAGCUAAGUUUGAAGCAAGUGCAUCAGAAAAACCAGAGCCUUCUGCUUCUUAAAACAGGUACACACAUCUUUGUAGUUUUAACAAGAUUUUGGUCGCUUUUUGAAAUAUAUCAGUAUCUUGGAAAUCAGUCACUAUAAACAAUGGAAAGAGUUAUGAUCUUGCUUACUGCCACAUCAGGUUUAGUAAGAGGUAAAAAACUUGACUAUUGUUGGCAUCUUGGUUGUAGGGUGGUGGGCAGGUCAGAAAUAGCACUUUCUUCUCCUUCACAAAUUAUUAAGUGUGCUUAUCUUCAUCUCUUUGUUUUAUUCUCUCCCCACGCUGCUUGCCUAUUUGUAUUUUCUUGGCUAGCUCUGAGGGAUUAUGACUCACUAUGUUAAUGAUAAAAUGCAACAGAGGGUAAACUCCUCCUUGGCUUUCACUGCCAAGUAUUCUCUCUGACUUUAGUCUCAGUUUAACAGCAGAUUUAGACAAAACAGAAGUGAGGCUGGUAAGUGCUGUCACUUCCAUGCUCAUUAGUAUGGUGGUGUUUUUAUCAUUAAAAGAGAAUUGUGCUGCAUCUAUGGCCAGUAUUUCAAGUCUCUUCCAAAACGGCAUUCUACAUGUGGCACUUCUUCAGCAACAUCUGCAGCUGCUGCUUUAACACAAUACAUGAAGAUUAGCUUAGAAUAUGGCCCAGGGUAUAUGGUCUGAAGGGACAUGACUCUACCAUCUUGCUAGAGCUAAGUCAGUCUAGGUCUGAUCGGUGCCUUCAUGGGAGACCACCUGGGAACUAAAUAUAGGAUACCUUGGGUUCCAGGAUGAUAGAGAGGUGGUAGAUAAAUGUAAAAAGAAUUUAAAUAAUUUAAUACCGAAAACCAAGGUGCAGCUUCCAAUUGGCUGCAGGAGCCUCCUGCACUCAAUCGGAAGCCGCGUCAGACGUUCGGCUUCUGAAAAGCGUCUGCAAGAUGGAACACUCACUUCCGGGUUUGCGGCGUUCAGGAGCCAAGCCAUUCCGACUACCAAGGAACCACUGUACAUUGUUUGCUUCACCAGUCAUGUAGGUAGUUUUCAAAACCAAGAGUGUUGUAUGGCAGCUUGGUCUGUUAAUUUAAGUCACCAGAAGUACAUUUAGCAAAAUGCUACAUUUAUUAGAUUAACCAUUUAUGUAUUUUUGAACCAAAGGCUGUACGGUGUUUUACUACUUAAAGUCCAUUAGAUCAACUACUACUGCUUGACUGUGGGGGGGGGGAUCCCCAACAUUAAGCUAGGUCACACCUUGUCCUCCAAACCUGUAUUCUCACCUCAAAGGGGCUGAAUCCCUUUAACCAAUACUUUUUUAUUUCAGAUAAUGUGGAAGAAAGCAUUUUGUGA